AUGGACGCUAUGGAUCUCAACUGGUGCUUGACCUGCAACAGGCAUAUCGAUGCAGAGGGCGCCGCACCCUACUGCUCACGCGAAUGCCUCAGCUCGGACAAGCCCUCGACGUCUGCGCUCGUCCGCCCCUCCCCCUUCUUCGAUCCUCGCCGUGUCGCCGACGACCUAUCCGACCUCAGCGACGAGCUCGACUACAACUACCCCGAGCCGUCCACCCAUUCGUACUCGCAAUGCGAGCAGGAGCUCGCACCCGUCGGCGGCCGCGGUGCUUGGAUAGGCAAGGGCGCCGCAGGCAUCCACGCCUGGGCCCGCGGUGUAAAGCCAGGUCCACCAUCCGACUGCGCCUCCGUCUCCUCCACCGCGUCCCUCCGCCCGCCAAAGCUGCUUCUCACCCACUGCCGCCCCGUCGCGCCCACACUCUGUAUGUCCAAAACCGUCCUCGCCCCAGUCGAGCCAUCCCGCCCGGUCCUCAACCCGCGGCAGUCGCUGCCGUCCCUCCUCGCCCAUUCGACGACGGACACUAGCGCCGACUCCUGCAUCACCCCUUCCUCGUCCGUCUCCCUCGCGACCCCCGUGUCCGGGUCCGAGGACGGCGCACCCCGCCGUCAGAAAACCCUCAUCGGCGCGCUCCGGGCCCAGUUUCGGGCGUGGGCUGCUUCGACCGCCGCUCAAAAUGAAUGUCAACGCUCUGCGACGCUCACUCGGGAGUCGCACAGGACGCUGAGCCGCUCCGCGCGCGAGCCUUCGCUCGACUGCGUAUCCAUGGAGGACGGCUACGUCGCGCUCGCUGUGGACGGGAAGCUGGCGCUCGGGCUGGCGCAGGAGGAGUGGUGGGAGUCGUCGACCUUUGGGAUAGUGGAGAAGGUCGGGCAGGCGAUCGUGCCGCGUGCGUCGCGCCGGCACAUGCGGAUGGAGGACCAUCGGGCGCUCAUGGCGCGCGGGCGGAAGGCGUCGCGAGGGUACUCGUGA